AAUAUGUCUGUUAUGGUAGCAGUCUCAGGUUCCCAAUUUUCAGUACCAAAAGGUUUCCAAAUUCAACACCAGUUCAUCAGAAGCAAGUCCAUCUUGAGGCAGGGAUGCAGUGGAAUAAGAUGUUGUAACAAAGAGUCAGGGGAAAGAGCAAGUACAACAGGCAAGAAUUACUAUGAAUUACUUGGAGUUGAUGCUGAUUCAAAUCCCCAGAUAAUCAAACAAGCUUAUAGGAAUUUGCAAAAGAAGUAUCACCCAGAUAUUGCAGGCCAAGAGGGUCAUGAGUAUACCCUCAAGCUGAAUGAAGCCUAUAAAGUUCUGAUUAAGGAGAAUCUGAGGAAGGAAUAUGAUGCUUCUAUUGGUCAAAGGAGAGUAAGUGUCAGAGGAAACAGCUCAACCUUUGAUGGCAGCUCAUGGAAUGGAGUUUUGAGACCCCAAGCUCUCUUUGUUGAUGAAAAUGCUUGCAUAGGUUGCAGACAAUGUGUGCACCAAGCAAGUGCUACCUACAUGUUUGAUGAGGUUCUAGGAUGUGCAAGGGUUAAACUUCAAUACGGUGACGAUGAUCAAAGGAUUGAGGUAUCAGUUGACUCAUGCCCUGUGAACUGCAUACAUUGGGUGGAAAGAGAAGAACUAGCAGUGCUAGAGUUCCUCAUCCAGCCUCAACGAAAAGAAGGACAUGGAAUAUUUGGAGGAGGAUGGGAAAGACCUGCAAAUGUGUUCAUGGCUGCCAAGUCAUUCAAUAAGAAAAUGAAAGAGGAGGCUGAUUUUAUUGCAGCAAGUGAGAGUGUGGAAGAAGAAACUCCUGCUCAAGCAAAAGCGCGAGCUGAAGCCAAUAUGAAGAUCAAGAUGGAAGCAUUCUCAAAAUUCUGGCACUGGCAAAAGUAA